GUAUACACAGUGCAUACUAGUAUGAGUUCGAUGAAGAAAAAGAGGGCAUUGGAGGUGUUUAAAGCUGGGGAUGAAAAGCAUCUGUGCAAUAUUGCCAAAACUCUAUUUGAAACAGGGUUUUUCAACUGCUACUUGACACCCCAACAGUUCAACCUUCUUCAAAAACUGUUGUAUUUCAAAGGCCCAAAUGACGAAGAUAAUUUUGCUUGGUCUUCAUUCUUGAAUGGUUCUCUUCUUUUGCGUUUCAAAGAAGAUGCCGGCGACGACUCUAAUUCAAAUGAGAAUAUGUAUAUGAAACCUGGUUACCCCACGCUAAGGAAUUUGAAUGCAACAGUACGAUACCUUUUAUAUGAGAAAGCGGUGGAUUAUUAUUUUUCUCAAAACCUAGAUGAAACCAAGGAGUUUCAGUUACUUGAUAAUGCUGUCAGUGAUACUCAUCUUAGGGCCUCUUUUGAAGAUAAAAAUGUUGAAAACAAUAUAGUUGGGGGUGUGAUUCUGACAGACAUGAAUAAUAAGCCUAAAGUCCAUAAUAGAGAAGAUGAUGAUUAUGAUGAUGAUGAUGAUAACGAUAGAAAUGACAAGGAAGACGAUAAUUACGAUGAUGAUUAUGAUGAUGAUGGUGUUGGCGAUGGUGAUGGCGAUAACAAUAGCAAAGAGAACAGAGACGAAGACAGGCAGAGUAAUGAUGCGAAUGAAACUGAUCGGACAUCCAAAGAGGCUUCGAAGCUCGAAGCCCAUAAAUCCGAACCUCAAGAGGGACUUCUACUUGAUGAUGCCACAAAAGACUAUGUGCUUUUAGUUAGUAAGGAAGAAUUAUUGAAAAAACCUCUUUACCCUAGCGUGCCCGAACUCAGUGCGGACGAAGAUGCCAUCGGUAAGAUGGUUCAUCCAAUUUUAGGAACCUCAUCAGCAAUUGAAUCAAGCAUUGAAAAGCAAAAUGAACUCAAGUUAAUAAAGAACUCCAACAAAAUAUAUCAUAACUUUGAGAAUGAUUUGCCUAAUAUUCUCAAGAGAAGAAAAUUAGAGAGAAGUGAUAAACAGCUUGAGAUGUCGGAAGAUAUACCACAAAAAGACGAAACAGGCGACACCGACUCUAAACAAGUCAACAAACUAAUGACUCUAGGUGGAGCUGUGAAUUUGUCCCUGAAAAACUUACUAAGUAGGAUCGAAGAGAACAGAGAUAAGUUGGGAGCCACGGAUGUAGAAUUGAAAAAUCUCAUUAUGGACGUCAGAAAGAACCGAUCAAAGUGGGCCAAUUACAACAAAAUAGGUCAAGAGGAACUUUAUGAGGCUUGUGAAAAGGUUGUUACUGAACUUAGAGGUUACACAGAACACUCGACUCCGUUUUUGAACCGUGUUUCCAAAAGAGAAGCUCCCAACUAUUACCAAGUCAUUAAGAAACCAAUGGAUUUAAACACUGUUUUGAAAAAACUGAAAGUUCUACAAUAUCAAAACAAACAACAAUUUGUAGAUGAUUUGAUGCUAAUUUGGCAAAAUUGCCUGACUUAUAAUUCUGAUCCUAAACAUUUUAUUCGAAUAGAUGCUCUUGCCAUGAGGAAGAAAACAUUAAUGUUAAUUCCAUUGAUUCCAGAUAUUACCAUUAGAGACAGAACUGUUGUCGAGAGAGAAGCUGCUGAGAGAGAAAAAGAAAAGGAAAAAGAAGAAGGUCAGAAUGUUGGAAGAACAUCUGCAAGAGGUGUGGGUCAUAAAAAAGCUAAGAAGGGAAGGAAAGGUGCCGAUGUUGAAAGUCCAGCGGCGUCCAUCAUUGAUGCGUCAGAUUCAGCUGCUACAACUCUGGAUGAUACGCCAGCAGAAAUUAAGGUAACUGGAACACCAAUGUCAUUCACGCCAUUGAAUACUGAGCAAAAUAACACCAAUACCCCGUCAAAUCUUGCUGAUGAUGAUGAUGCGAUGGAUAUUGACGAAGAAGACGAAGAAGAUGCUGUAAACAAUAUUGAUGAGAAUAUGGCAGAGCUAAAUGCUGAGGAUGUUAAUGAGGAUGCUGAUGAUUUGGAAAUGUCAACUUGGAAGACCUUAACUUCUACCACGCGAUAUAAGUUAUGCAACGAGAGGUCUAAGCUAUUCAAAGACAACAAAAUUCAGCCAAAUACAGAAGCUACGAUAAGAACCAAAAGUCAAAUGUAUAAUUUCUGCAGAUAUCUUGAAGACGAGUCGAAGAUAGUUUUACACAGAAGCAGAAAAUAUUUCGACGAAAAUGAUGAUCCUUAUCUGAUUGAAUAUGAUGUGGCAGGAGGUGUUCCUAGCAUCAAACAUCAAAAUACUAAUUUUGAUUCAAUAGAAGAAAGCAUUUUGGAAAAAAUGAUUUCAGAUGGAAAAACGCUAGAUGAUUUAGGACCUAGUGGCUAUAAGGUUAAGCUCGAUGGAUCUAACAGUUUGGUUUUAGAUAAUAUCUCGUUAAUGCAAGAUAUUAGAAAGGUCUGUUUCAAGAUCAACUUGAUUCGCACUAUGCAAACAUCUCAAUUUGUCCAUCAAUCACAGUUUGUGGCUCCUAAUUAUCCAAAAAUAAAAUUUGAAGACAUUGAUCCCAUGUCAAAACUAGCCACCAGAGAUUUGAUGACAGAAGAAAUAGCUUCUCAUUCUUUGCAGAAGUCAGUUUCUGCAAUUGCUAUGGCUAAUGGUUUUCAGUCGACUGCGCCGUCAUGUGCUGUGCUAUUAACAGAAAUAGCGAAAGUGUAUAUGUGCAAUCUUGCCAAAUCCAUGAAACUUCAUUUGGAAUCCAACUCAAUAAAUAAAAUGCCGAUCAAGGGAAAUAAGCCUGUGACUUGCAGAGAUGUCCUACAGCUAGUACUCGAGUAUAAUGGUGUUGAAAAACCUGACGUUCUCUAUUCCUACUACAAAGAGCAUAUGACGAAGCAAAAUCGUAAACUCAUUGACUUGAAAUAUAGUUUAGAAAACUUUUUACGUGAUUUGUUAAGGCCGGGUAUGCAAGAUAUAAGUGAAACACAAUUUAGUGAUGAUUCGGAGCAGUUUGUGAAUGGUGAUUUUUCAGAUGAAAUUGGUGAAGACUUUUUUGGGUUCAAAGAGUUGGGCUUGGAUAAGGAGUUUGGUUUACUAACUUCCAAUAUUCCAUUACAUCUAUUACAGUCAAAGCUAUCUUACCAGUUCAAUCAAAUGAAUAAGCACAUGGCAAAACGUGUCUAUGAAGACUUCGAAGAGGUGGAGUUCCCUAAAUUAUGCAAACGGGAUAUACCUAAACAGAUUGGUAUCUUGCAACCGUUUUACGAGGAUGUUUACAUAAAGUCAAAAUUGAUGUACAAUAAACAACUAAAAAAGUUUCAGACCCAAACUCUGAAUGGUGAGACUCCAGAAGAACCAUUCCACUCUAUUGAUAACGAGGAAGAAUUGGUUCUGAUAGAAGACAAUGAUUUGCCCCACAAACAAAGGAAUAAUAGACCAAAGAUUCCACCUAAUGGCAAAAUUACUCAGAUAAAAAAGAAAUUUAUUGCUACCGCUUUUUUUGUUGAAAAGCAAGAUGAAAUUGAAUGUCGUCUUGAGAGUAUGAUCAAAAAGAAAGAGUCGGAUGCCCAGAAGGAAAUGAAGAAGAAAAAAGAAUCUGAAGAUGAACAGCAAGCUGCAGAUGUGGAUGGUAGUUUCGAGUUAAAAACAAACGAUAUCAGCAGCGCCGUUAAUGGCGAUGGUAAGAAAGAAGAAGGAAAAUUGAACUUUAGUAACUCGACAGAGAAUUUGUCAGCUUUAGAUAACACUACAGACAUAAACAAAGAUGGACUGGUAAGAACAGUUGGAGCCCCUAUAGAGAUCUCAAAAACAGAAAAUGAGACAGCUGCCAAGGAGCUACCUGUAAACAAUGAUGAUUCAGAUGAAAUCUCUGCCGGAAUUAAGAGCCUUUCAGCUGAUGUUAUUCUAGGAAAUGACAACACUGGUGUAGAAGGAAAAGGUGAGGAGAAAAAGCUGCGAAUAGAUAAUGGUAUGUUUUCUAUUGAAGGACAAAGCGAUGAUAAAGGCACUGCUGAGGUAGAUACAGAAUCAAGACUUGAUAAGGAAGAAGAAAAGGAAGAAGAGAUGGACGAAGAGAUGGACGGCGAUAUGGGUGACGAUAUGGACGAGGAGAUAGAUGACGAGGAUGGAAGCGAUGAUGAAAAAUAGUUUCAUGUCCUCGACUAAGUGACUAGAACUUUCAGCGGUUUCGACGGUUUUAUAUAAUCUGUGUGUAAUUCUUACUGUACUAUUAUUUAAUAACUUCUGUAAGUUGUGAUUUACAAGUCUGACUAUAAAAGCAUGCGUGUGAAUACAUAACUACAAUACACUCACGUUUAAAAGU